UGAUACGCCUUCCGUCACUAGCCCCAGGCUUCAGGGACCUCAUGUGUACCAGAUAGAAAAUUAAUUUAGGGGAAGUGGGUCAGAUCCUGGUUGGUAUUAUGGUAAAACGCCACAUCACAUAGCUUCAUUUCUGAUAGACUCCCAGUGUCUGCCAUUGGACCAUUGAAGGACGAAAUCUGUUUCUCUAUGUUUGCCAUAAGUUUGAUUCUCCGCGGGGCUGCGGUCUGGUAGCCAUUAUUCUCAUUCUGAGUAGCAGUUUGGAACAGGAGGCGGUCGGAACCACUGAAUGGCUCUUUGCGGAACAACUGCUACAAAUGUUACAAAAAUGAUGGCUGCUUACAACGGUGGCUCCUCAGCAGUAGCUGCCCAUCACCCGCAUCAUCACCACCACCAGCUCCAGCAUCUACCGCCUCCCCACAUGCAUCACCACCACCACGCGGGUCAGCACCACUUGCAACACCCGGGCUCCGCCGCCGCUGUGCACACGGUCCAGCAGCACACAGCAGCGGCUGCCGCGGCGGCGGUGAUGCUAAACCCCGGCCAGCAGCAGCCCUACUUCCCGUCUCCUGCCCCCGGUCAGGCUCCCGGGCCGGCGGCGGCCGCGGCGCCCGCCCAGGUUCAAGCCGCUGCUGUCAAAGCUCACCAUCACCACCACCAUCAGCAGCAGCAGCAGCAGCAGCAGCACACGCACCACCUACAGCAGCAGCUGGAUAUUGAGCCUGACAGGCCCAUUGGCUACGGAGCGUUUGGAGUCGUCUGGUCAGUGACAGAUCCCAGAGAUGGAAAACGAGUUGCUCUCAAAAAGAUGCCCAAUGUCUUCCAAAACCUUGUUUCUUGCAAGAGGGUAUUUCGUGAGCUGAAGAUGCUGUGCUUCUUCAAACAUGAGAAUGUGCUCUCUGCGCUGGACAUACUACAACCUCCACACAUCGACUACUUUGAAGAAAUCUAUGUGGUGACUGAACUAAUGCAAAGUGACCUCCAUAAGAUCAUUGUAUCACCGCAGCCUCUGAGCUCAGACCAUGCCAAAGUUUUUCUUUAUCAGAUUCUGCGAGGACUUAAGUACCUUCACUCUGCUGGAAUUCUGCACCGAGACAUCAAACCUGGCAACCUCCUAGUCAACAGCAACUGUGUGCUCAAGAUCUGUGAUUUUGGCCUCGCCCGAGUGGAGGAAUCAGAUGAAUCACGGCACAUGACUCAGGAAGUGGUGACACAGUAUUACCGAGCUCCAGAGAUCCUAAUGGGGAGCCGCCACUACUCCAACUCUAUUGAUAUCUGGUCUGUAGGCUGCAUCUUUGCUGAGCUGCUGGGGCGACGCAUCCUCUUCCAAGCCCAAAGUCCUAUUCAGCAGCUGGAUUUAAUCACUGACCUGUUGGGGACUCCUUCUAUGGAGGCGAUGAGGACGGCAUGUGAAGGCGCUCGUGCACAUAUUCUCAGAGGACCUCACAAACAGCCAUCCCUUCCUGUUCUAUACACACUGUCCAGCCAAGCGACCCAUGAAGCAGUGCACCUCCUCUGCAGAAUGCUGGUGUUUGAUCCGUCAAAGAGGAUUUCAGCCAAAGAUGCCCUGGCUCACCCUUACUUAGACGAGGGUCGACUUCGCUACCACACGUGCAUGUGCAAAUGCUGCUACACCACAUCCUCUGGUCGUGUGUACACCAGUGACUUUGAGCCUGUCACUAAUGCCAAGUUUGAUGAUGGCUUUGAGAAGAAUCUGAGCUCUGUAAGACAAGUCAAAGAAAUUAUCCAUCAGUUCAUUUUGGAGCAGCAAAAGGGAAGUCGAGUACCGCUCUGCAUCAACCCUCAGUCGGCUGCUUUCAAAAGCUUCAUCAGCUCCACAGUGGCUCAGCCCUCUGAAAUGCCUCCAUCUCCGCUGGUGUGGGAAUAGCUACUGUUGUGUCAUUAUGUUUUCUGACUGGCAAGCUGCUAAACUGGGAACAAGAAAGCGUCUCAGUGUCUUCUAUCAUCUGCGUAGCAUUUCACUGGAGAGCAGGACUCGCAGGUCUGCUGUGUUUGUGCUAACAUGGAACAAAUGAAGAGAGGUCUACUGAUAAUUUCUUUAUGGGGUUUAUUAGAGGGUUUAAAUUCAGCUAAACUAGAAAUGCUCUGUAGACCAAAUCAAAAAUGUUAAAACCAACUGUCUGGGCUCACACACACACUAAUAUAUAUAUA